CCGUUUCUUGUAAGAAACAAUUUAGUUUCGCUUUCAUCGGUGUCCAGUAGCAGGCCUAUGGGUGGAGCAGCACAUCCACGUGGUUCGGGAGCGGAUGGAAACAACCAGAGACUUUGAGAAAUUUCUCGAACUUUCCUCGCGGUUUCAAAUAGAGCGCAGCAGAGCGAGGCGGGGGCAUAAACACCCACAGGUGGAUGGGACAGCAUCUCUCCGGUCAACUUACUCUCAGAUAUAUUAGCAAAGAUUUGUUUUAAGUUGCUGUGAACUGAACUCAACCGACAGGCACCUCAACUUAAGUAGGACUUGCCUGAACCCGCUGUUUGACGUUCGGAGAAUAUCGACUUAAAAAUAAAAGCUCGAUGGUGAAGAUGGGGAAGGAUUAUUACAGUGUUUUGGGGAUUCAGAAAGGCGCAUCCGACGAUGAGAUCAAGAAAGCUUAUCGCAAACAAGCGCUCAAGUACCAUCCGGACAAAAACAAGUCUCCCGGCGCCGAGGACAAGUUCAAGGAGAUAGCGGAGGCGUACGACGUGCUGAGUGACCCGAAGAAGAAAGACAUUUAUGACAAAUUUGGCGAAGAAGGACUGAAGGGAGGCAUCCCCGGCGGUGGAGGUGGUGGCGGUAAUUUCUCCUACACUUUCCAAGGCGAUCCUCAUGCAAUGUUUGCAGAGUUUUUCGGAGGACGGAACCCUUUCGAACAGUUCUUCGGACGCAACGGUGGCAUGGAGGAGGAUAUGGAAACUGAUGACCCAUUUGCCAGUUUUGGCAUGGGUGGCAUGGGCGGUUUCCCCCGCUCCUUUCAUUUUCUGAACAUGAUGCUGUAG